AUGCCUGCAAGACCCAAGGCAGACGUCGGCGCUCACGACCUCGAUGACAUAUCUGACAACAGCCUGUCUUUUGAAAUCCCCACCGCUCCAUCUGCCACUAACCUCCUCGAUGAUACGCAAGACUUCUUCGAUGGAAUCACCGACCUCAACGCGACCUUCGCCCCCUUCAAGAGCUCAUCGCCACGGAAGCCGUUUGCACCCCAUAAUGCUCUACCUUCAACUCAGCAAGACCAGGAGUUGAAAGCGCCAACACCAUCUAAACGAUUCCCUUCUGUUCCACCAGAGUCUGCCGACCCCGGCGACCAGCCCGACGCCUUUGUCGAAAUCCGACGGAGUCCACGCAAGCACAAGUCCUCGUCGAUUCCAAGCCCUGUCAAGCCUUCUUCUCGUCGCAAGACCGUUGCUCCCCCAUCUGGAGAGGAAGAAUCUCCCGCUCCAUCCGCGCCUGAAGAACACAUAACAGAGCUUCAUCCCGACGAGUUGGUCUCCCCUCCAUCCCUCAAGAAUGCGGCACCUCCCUCUAUUGCACGGCCGCGACCUUCUUCUGUGUUUGUCGACUUUGGUCUGCCUACUCCAUCGGCGGAAUCAGAACCUGCGCAAGCACCUGAGGUCAACUACCCGGAAUCGCCGUCAGUAGCCAACCGUCGCAGUCGAUCCAAAUCGGCCACUCCUGGCAGAAUCCCUGUACCAGUCUCAUUCUCCCGGCGGUCGUCGUCUGCAACACCCACUCGCAUUCGCACACGCACCGUUUCCUCGAACCCCGUCAACCUCCUCGAGACUCACGCCGAGGAAAGCAUCACCGAGAGCCCCAACGUGUCUGUUGCAGCACAUAUCCCGGAAACCAUCGAGGAAGCCCCAUCCUCUCGGCCCGAGCUCGAGAAUCGUCGCCCGGAUCCUCCCUCAGAGGAUGUACUGAGUCCAGCCCCUGCUUGCUUUAGCUCUCCAGCUCGCGAGGCCCCAGUGCGGCGCCUAUCCUACGUACGCGCCAAGUCUGAAGCUCCCGUCCCACAAGCCAGUCUGUAUCCAUCACUGCCACGGGACGAGAGCCUGCCACUGUCCCCGUCGAGGAUUAAGCCUCCUACUCAUCGUAGGUUCAGUUCGUUGGCUGUCGACGCUGGUAUCUCGAAGCCCGUCUUCUCGUCUAAACCCAGGUAUUCGUCGGCAACGCUCGGACAUGCUAGAACGCAAAGUUCUCCAAUGAGAGCCUUUGCUCAGCUCGAGGCCCCGGAUGAGGAGCAACCACUCGAAGCUCAGGAGAGCUCCGGCAUGCAGCCUGAACCCGUGACGAACCCCGCGUCUACGGCAGCAGCCAACGAUGACGUGGGAGCAAGCAAGCCGACUCGCCGGGGAUCAGUCGUGACGGAACGGUUCAGGCGAUACAGCCAGAAGGUCUUUUCUUCGUUCGGCAAAUCACGCACUCCGGAACCAUCUGCUUUACCCCCCGCGGAGCCAGCUCCUGCGACGGAGGUGGUCGUCGCACUGGGAGCGAACCCGGCUCCCGCCUCCGCUGAAGUGCCUGCCAGCCCUGUGGCAGCCCCUGUCUCCCCAGUUCAUGUACCCUCAACGCCGGAGCCCCGGGAGCCGUCCCCCAUACUCGCGUCCCACCUUCCCAUAGAUGAACCGCUUAGCCCCUUGACACCACCGCCCGCGUCGCCUCCCAUGCGCGAGCACGAGCUGACGCUCGAGCAUGUCUCCGAAGAGGUGCCAGCAUCGCCGAGUCCGGUCGCAGCCAAGAACGAUGAGAUGGUGGUCCAGGUUCCGCCACCGGUGGAGGCGUCGCCUCUGCGUACAUCAGUUAAACGCCGCGCUCCCGAGGACGACGACGGAGCGGGCGCUUUGGCUCAGAUCGAGGAGGUGGAUCUGGAAAUGGUGACGGAGGAGAUGGAGGUGGAGGCUCUGGCCGCGCCUGAUGUCGACGACGCCGGCGCCAACGUUGACGCUAUGCAAGGGCCGCCUUCAGUACCUGAGGAACCUGCUGCAACGCUUCCAGCGGCCGACGCGUCCGACCCGCCGAAGAAGAGACAGCGGGUGAAGCGCGAGCAUCAGCCACGUGCCUCUGCCUCCGUUUCUCCCGCCAAGGUGAAGGCGAAGGCGGACACGAAGACAGCCGUCGGUGCGAAGACUCACCCUCGGCCUUCGGUGGGCAAGCCUUCUGUUGAUGUUAAACGCACGAAACCGGUGUCUAGCUCGCGUACCCAGGCUCAGCCUGCGAAGCCGAGCUCUACGUCUGGAGCUGCUGCCACGAUAAUCACAAAGCCAUCGUCUACGUCCCGAGCUCAGCCUACGAAACCGACCUCUAAUCAUAUCCCACCGCCGCCAGCGUCAUCGCCAAUGCUUGAGCAAGAAGUGGAACCCGAACAGGCUCUCGAGCGGGCUCCGGUUUUGCCCAGCCCAGAGCCGGCGGUGAGCGAAGUCAAUACAAUGGAGACGCACGUCCCAUCGCUGCCGCAGUCAACGGAGAUGUCUCUGCGCACCUCUACGAAGCGUCGGGCGCCUGAGGAAGAGGAGGCGCUGAGCCAGGUCGCUCCAAUCGCGGAGGUGGAGGAGAAGGCGGAGGUGGCGGCAGAGUCGGACAUGGAGCUGGACGUUACAACUACAUUCGGCGUUGGCAAUGUCGACAUCGACGACGCUGAUGCGCAGGCGCCGCCAUCGGUACCCGAUGAACAGGCUGUAGCGCCGCCGGCAGUCGAUGUGUCUGAUCCGCCCAAGGAGAGGCAGCGGGUGAAGCGCGAGCAUCAGCCUCGCACUGCCCCUCCUGCCCCUGCGCCCAAGGCUAAGGCUGGCACGAAGCCGGUUGUCGGAGCGAAGGUCGACGGGAGGCCUCAGACGAGCAAGACUUCUGUCGAGGUUAAACGCACGAAACUGGUGUCCACAUCACGCGCCCAGACUCAAUUUACGAAACCUAUUUCUACCUCGGCGGCUAGCACUGCGACCACGGCCAGUACCGCGAAGCCAACCUCGACCUCGCGGGCUCAGUCUACGAAGCCGGUUUCAACCUCGGCAGCUGCCACCACAACCGCCGCCGCUCCUCGGUCCCGUGCACCCCAUAGCCAAGGCACGAUUCGGACGGAGGCGCGACGUGCGGUGCCUGGCUCCGCUGCGUCUAUAGGUGCGAAACCGCCGAGCAAGCAGAAGACGUCAAGAAUGGAACGCGUCAAGAAGCUGGAAGUUCCGGUGGCGGAAGCCGCACCUGCACCCGAAUCUGCGCCCGCUCUCGCCGUGACGCCCACGGCUGAGGUUGCGACGGAAGUGAUGGCACCUUCUGCGUCCGCUCCUGCGGUUCCUGCGGUCGUCGAGAAGCCCGAGGCGGAGGAGGUGCAUUCGGAGGUUGAGGACGAGCAGGAGCUUAUGGCUCAGGCGGCGAUGGACGCAGACGUGGUGCCGUCUUCGGAGGGGAUUUCUGGCGACGCGGCGGAGACAGAGGCUCUAGCACCUGUCCCUACCGAUGACGCAGCUGACGUGGAGGCUCCAGCAGCCGUACACAACGACAACUCCGUCGCAGCACCUGUUGCAACGAAGGCGAAGGUCGAAGAUCGCCCGACGAAGAAGGCGAGGACGGCUCACGUCGCCGCUCCUGUUCAUGCUAGACCCAAAUCGAGGAUGUCAGCGUCCCGGGCUGAGAAGGCUGCUGCGGCAGCUGAGAAAGCGAAGAUGCGCGCACGAGCGAAGGUCCAGACGAAACCUGAUUCGACGUCCGAGAUGGCUAAACCAAAGAGCGGCUUCCAGCCUGCGACAGUCCCAGCGGAGUUCACCUUCCGGAUGGACGCCAAGCCGUCUGCCCACACCCACCACCAAGGUGCCUCUGGUGACGCCAAACCAGACUGGGACAUUAACUUCAACUCCAAUGCUGAGUCCGAGUCCAAUCCAUGCGCAGGCUCAUCCGGCGCUGCGACCACCAACUCCAACCCUACGCGCCCGCGCGCCCCCAUUCCGGACUUCAAAGCCCUGCAGGCCGCGCACGCCGCCUCCCUCGCCGCGAAACGGCCCACCGUCGUGCCUGUGUACCCAACUGCCGCGCCAAACUUCAAGACCGUCAGCCGCAUGAAGGAGCGCGAGAAGUUUGAUGCGCUCAUGCGUGCGCACGAGGAGGGGAAGGGGCGGGAGAGGGCGGAAGAGAGGCGGAAGCGGGAGGAGGAAGAGGAAAAGGAGUUGAGGGAAAUGAGGAAGCGGGCGGUGCCCAAGGCGAAUGAGGUGCCGGAGUGGUACAAGGAUGUGCCGAAGAGGGAGAAGGAACAAGAAAGGGGGAAAGGGAAGGAAAGGGAGAUGUCCUGAAAGUGCGAGUUGGGGUGAGCGGAUAGAUUGUGUUUGUGGGCGCGU